AUGCGUUUCCCUCCCCCUCCACGAAGUGAUAUAGUAUGGAACGGCCUCGCCGCGUUGACAACUGUCAAUGGGCACGUCCAAUCAACAUGGACCAAUGAGACAGGCUGGUCUGAGCCAGAGUUUAUCCCAGAUCCAUACCUUCGUGUUCACGGAUUGGCACCUGUCUUCAACUAUGGCCAAGAGGCAUACGAAGGACUCAAGGCCUUUCGCACUCCUGAUGACAGGGACAUCAACAUUGUAAGACCUAAUUUCCAUGCCAUCCGAAUGCAGCAUUCCGCAUCAUUGGUCUCUAUCCCAGCGGUUCCCGAGGAGCUUUUCAUGCGAUCUGUGCACCUCGCAGUAGCAAAGAACGCAGAAUUCGUACCACCAAACGGUGAAAAUGGAAUGCUAUACAUUCGGCCCAUUGUUUUCGGUUCCGGGCCUCGUAUCUUGCUCAGCCCGACUGAUGAAUACACCUUUUGCGUCUACGUUACCCCCGCGGCUGCUUACCAUGGUAUUCAACCGCUUGAUGCUUUAAUCCUGGAAGAUUUUGAUCGGGCUGCCCCUCGAGGUACUGGAUCUGGCAAGGUUGGGGGCAAUUACGCUCCUGUGAUGAAAUGGGCCGACAAGGCUAAGAGCCAAGGCUAUGCCCUCACGCUGCAUCUUGACAGCCAAACAAGAAGCGAAAUUGAUGAGUUUUCCACAUCAGGCUUCAUUGGCGUCAAGGUGGAAGGUGGAAAGACUGUCAUUGUGGUGCCCAAUAGCUCAAGUGCCAUCAACAGCGCCACAUGUGAUAGUAUUCAACAGUUGGCCCUAUCCUUUGAUUGGAAAGUCGAGCGCCGGCCUGUCAAAUAUGAGGAAUUGUCUGAAUUCUCAGAGGUCCUGGCUUGCGGAACUGCUGUAACCGUCGUUCCUGUCAAGUCCAUUACCCGGGAAAUUACAAAUGAGAAGUUUGUCUAUCAGGACGGAGCUGCAGAGCCUGGACCUGUAGCAUCCAAGAUUGCCAAGACUGUGGAAGACAUCCAGAAAGGCAGAAUCGAGGACAAGUUCAGCUGGCUUACAAGAGUCACUGCUGUGUAA